AUGGUCUUUGGUAUCCUGACAGCCGUGGCGGCCUGUCCCGCUAUCAUCGGUACGACCGAGGCCAUUCGACAGGGACAGCGUCAAAAUGCUCGCGAGGAACACCGAGGACGGAAGUCAAACCUGACGAUUACUUUGCCAGUCAGGAAUUCCUACAGCGAACAAUUCGAUGGUGCAAUGGUUGUGCUCAAGGACAACAAACUGUACAUCGACACGGAACACAGUCGAUUAGGUGCGAACAUGGCCCACCCAUUUUCUGGAUAUUACCUCCCUGUGCCAUGGAUGGGUGAACGCUGGAAGAAGGCAGGGUUCAGGCAUGGCGAGGGAAUGGUCACUACCAUCAGCGAUGAUCCACCGUUUUUAAAUUGGGUCUAUCUGGACAGCAAUACACACGAGGUCAAAUACGGCAUACGUGUCGAAGCGGAACCCCAUCACGUGGGUCCCUGGGACUGCACUCCCAUCGACCGCCGCUUGACGUUCGAAGGAUGGGAGGGUUUCGUCAUUGUACAAGAAGACGAAGAAAGUGACCUCUGGGCAUUGUAUUUCGACCGCGACGAUGAUGGCUUGCGAGGUGAAGGCAAAGUCGGCACCCAGGACAAGAGAAUGCUUUUGGUCGAGGUUUCGAGAAAGGAAAUGCGGAGGACCAAAUUGGUCUCUGACGAAGAGAGGAUUACACGGAUUCGCGAGCAAGCGGAUAAGGAGAAGAGGCGAGCACAAGCAGAACUCGAGGUCACAGCAGCAGCACCUACCGAGGAAAAAGCACCGCAAAGCUCAGGCUCACAACCUGCGACGAGUGUUGGGAUCAAGGCUCAGAAGCCCGAGAGCGAAGAAUCAAAAGCCCAUGAUGACACUCUAAGCGCAUCUAUUGAACGAGGUCUUUCCAAACCUCUAGAUUCGUUGCACAUCGGAUACAACAAUGGGACCUCGAAUGCCGAUAUCAAGGCGAAGGAUAACGAGACUACAGCCGGAGCAGGAUUAACAACUCACCACGACAACAACUCGAGCGAGUCCAUCUACCAGGAGUCAUCGCAGUCAUCAAGCUCGUAUCACACCGCCAGCUAUGAGAUUACUUCUGAGACUCAUACGACCACUACAACUUGGUGA